AUGGAAGGUAAGGGGUUUAAAAUUGAUAUUCAGAUUUAUAGUUUAGUUAUUGCUGGGUUGUGUAAUGCUAAAAAGUUCGAGUAUGCAAGGAAACUAUUUUAUGGGAUCACACAUAAAGGAUUAGUUCCCAAUGUUGUAACAUAUACCAUAAUGAUCAAUGGCAUGUGCAAAGAAGGCAUGUUUGCUGAGGCUGAGAGAUUGAUGUUUGAAAUGGAAAAGAAUGGUUGCAUUCCAAAUGUUAUCACAUACGAUACCAUUAUUAAGGGCCUUCUUAAAGGAGGAGAUGUUAAGAAAGCUAGGAAGUUUCUUCAAAGAAUGCGCGAUAGCAACUCCCACUCAGCAACGCCACCAUCUGCGUAUGAUGCUCUUUUCUUGUUUGAGCUAUUGGAGUCGGUGGUUUUGGAGAUUGGGUUGGGAACUUCUACUCAAGUAACAACAGCUAUUGCAAAUAUUAAUCAUUAUGCUUGA